AUCCUCAUUUCUCGGAUCUCUCCCACCUCAAAAAAACCCGACCCAUUAACGCGUCCCAAACCGGGUCAACCCGAAAUGGAUAAGCCAAGCUUCGUAAUCCAACCCAAAGAAGCAGAAUCCGCCGCGAAACAACUCGGCGUCUCCGUACUCCAGCUCCUUCCGUCGCUAGUCAAACCAGCCCAAUCCUACGCUCGAACUCCGAUUUCAAAAUUCAACGUCGGAGUCGUCGGACUCGGAUCAUCAGGUCGGAUCUUCUUAGGCGUCAAUGUCGAAUUCCCAAAUCUCCCUCUCCACCACUCAAUCCACGCCGAACAAUUCCUCGUCACCAAUCUCACACUCAACGGUGAACGUCAUCUCAAAUUCUUCGCCGUAUCCGCCGCACCGUGUGGUCAUUGCCGUCAAUUCCUCCAAGAAAUCCGCGACGCACCUGAAAUCAAAAUCCUAAUCACCGAUCCAAAAAACUCCGCCGAUUCCGAUUCCGCCGCCGAUUCAGACGGAUUCUUACGUCUAGGAAGCUUCUUGCCACACAGAUUCGGUCCCGACGAUCUUCUCGAGAAAGAUCUUCCUCUUCUUCUCGAACCUCACGAUAACCAUCUCAAAAUCUCAGAUCUCGAUUCGAUUUGUAACGGAAUCACUGAUUCAUCCGCCGAUUUGAAACAAACGGCUUUAGCGGCGGCGAAUAGAUCGUACGCGCCGUAUAGUUUAUGUCCGUCGGGAGUUUCGUUGGUGGAUUGUGACGGGAAAGUGUACAGAGGUUGGUACAUGGAAUCGGCGGCGUACAAUCCUAGUAUGGGACCAGUACAGGCGGCGUUGGUUGAUUACGUGGCAAAUGGUGGUGGAGGAGGUUAUGAGAGGAUCAUCGGAGCGGUUCUGGUGGAGAAAGAAGAUGCGGUGGUGCGGCAAGAGCACACGGCGAGGUUGUUGUUAGAGACUAUAUCGCCGAAAUGCGAAUUCAAAGUGUUUCAUUGCUAUGGAGCUUAAAGAAAUAAAGGAAUUAAAAAAAA